CGAAAACCGAAAAGAUCGCAGAAGCACCACACAAUUGCUUCUUCCGCUCCACCCACCAUGUACCGCAGCAUUACCCGUGGCUUUAGCUCCCGCCGCGUCGUCGUGGUCGAUGGCAUUCGCUUGCCGUUCCACAAGUCCGGCACCGUCUACAGCGACCUGAUGGCAUACGACUUGAUGCGCGAUGCCAUCAAGGGGCUCCUCGUCAAGACCGCGAUCGAUCCCGCCAAGAUCGACUACGUUCUGUGUGGGACCGUCAUCCAAGAAGUGCGCACGAGCAACAUUGCUCGUGAAGCUGCGUUGGGUGCUGGGAUCCCGAAGAAUAUCCCUGCUCACACGGUCACCCAAGCAUGCAUCUCGUCCAGCCAAGCCAUUGCCACGGGGGCGGAAAAGAUCCUUGCGGGUAACGCCGAUAUUGUGCUGGCCGGCGGCGUCGAGACGUUUUCGGACGUCCCCAUUCGCUUUUCCCGCCCCAUUCGCAAGCGUUUGAUCAACUCUGCGAAGGCCUUGAAGGCUGGUCCGUUGGGCAUUUUGAAGUUGCUUUCCGGCUUGAAGCUGAGUGAUUUGGCGCCCGAAGCUCCGGCAAUCAAGAACUUCCACACGAACGAAGUCAUGGGCAACUCGUCGGACCGUCUGUCUGCCCGAUUUGGCGUCACCCGAAAGGAAAUGGACGAAUUCUCCAUCAAGAGCCACAAGAAUGCCGCCAAGGCGCAUGCAGAGGGCAAGUACGACGGCGAGAUCAUUCCGUACAAGGGCACGACGCUCGAAAACGGCAUCAACCCCGACAGCAACUACGAAAAGGUGUCGUCGUUGAAGCCGGCGUUCAUCAAGCCCCACGGCACGCACACGGCGGCCAACUCGUCCUUCUUGACCGAUGGAAGCGCCGCGACCUUGCUCAUGUCCGAGUCGAAGGCGCUGGAGCUGGGCUACACGCCCAAGAGUGUCUUGGUGGACUCUGUGUUUGUCGGCGUGGACCCGUUCGAGCUGCUGCUCCUCGGGCCAGCCUACGGCAUUGCCCAGAUCCUCAAGAAGAACAACCUCACGCUGAACGACAUUGACCACUUUGACAUCCACGAAGCGUUUGCCGGCCAAGUGCUGGCCAACUUGAACGCGUUGGCCGACGCCGACUUCUGCAAGCAAGAGUUUGGAUGGAGUGACGCCGUGGGCAAGGUCAACCACGACAAACUCAACACGUGGGGAGGGUCGUUGGCACUGGGCCAUCCGUUUGGGGCCACGGGCAGCCGCCUGGUGAACACGGGCUCGAACAAGCUGGUCAAGGAAGGAGGCAAGUACGCGCUGCUGGCCGCGUGCGCAGACAGUGGCUUGGCCUACGUUGGCCUGCUCCAAAAGUACGAAAAGAAGUAAACGCCAAGAAAUAGUUCCCCGCAACAUAUUAUUAUUGGAAGAAUCACGACUUUGCACUUAAGUUACAUGUACAAGACGGGUCGCCGUUGCACACCGUCGGCAAUCAUGACCGAGAAACGUCGAACGUAAGUCCCAG